AUGUCGCGUCAAAACCCAGAUAGUUCCCCAAGAAGCCGGGCACCUCGCGGUCGGCAGCCUACUCGCAAGCGGCAAGGCGAUGAGGAUGUUCCGGAUGUUUACCAAGAAAUGUUGGACGAGGCUGAAGCCCGGGAUCCUGGGCAAUUUAACUCCGAAAGACCGAUCAAAAGGCGAAAGGUUGGGGAUAUGAAAGCCCUCCCCGUCGAAACCGAGCAGAAACGUCCAGAAACGAGCAAAGAUAAUGCUCAACCAGUCCAAACCGUCUACGACUCAUCAUCAGAAGAGGAAUCAGAUAUUGAGUGGGAAGAUGUCGAGUUCCAGCAACCAUCCGACUCAUUGCUCAGAGGACCUGCUGCAUCUCGAGCCGACGACGAAAUGCUCGAGAUUACCUUGGAACAAGAACCCGAUAAGCGAAAAAAAGCUAUUAUAAAAAGAAAGCCUCUGUCUGGAGCGGAGAAGAAAGUGCGACUGGAUGUGCACAAGGUCCAUGUCCUUUGCCUCCUUGGCCACGUUCAUAUACGCAAUUUGUGGUGUAACGACCAGGAAGUACAGGACUUCUUGAAGAAGAUGCUACCGAAAAAGGUCAUUGGUCUCUUGCACCCCGAUGAAGAUAAACCCAGCUACAACAGAUCCACCACUAUCAUGGAUGGUCUCAAUCAAGCUGGAGAUGCGUUCGCUCGCAGAUUCAGAGUCACCAAGCCGGGAAUGAAACGGGCUCACUGGUCAGAGGAUGAAAGCCAGUUGAGGCAGAAGAUGGAGUCGAUUGUGUCGGACGCAGAGGUCUUUCUAUCCAAGGGAGAUUUCAGAACGCAAGCCAAGACGUUGCAAGGCUCUCGCGACUUUGGAGCCCAGCUAUUUUGCGCUUUAUUGCGGGGCGUGGCUAUCGAGACUAGGCUUGUCUGCUCAUUGCAACCAUUGCCGUUCUCUGGAACCGUCAAGGAUAUGACGCCAUCCAAACCGAAACCUCAAUACAUUGUGAUAUCUUCAGACGAUCCUGGUUCCUCGACAGAUGAACGGCCGAAGACCGAAAAGUCGCCUACAGCUUCAAGGUCUCGGCGGAUUGGACAGCCUAAGUUCGCUCCUUCGCGCCCUCCCCAACCACCCAUGCGCCUAGGAACUCAUCCGCAAUCCCGAGAGUCAUCAUACCCGGUAUUUUGGGUGGAAGCUUUCAACGAAGCUGCUCAAAAAUGGAUCUCAAUCGACCCUGUAGUAACAAAAUCACUCGCAAAACCCUCUAAGUUUGAACCGCCUGCGAGUGAUCCAUUUAAUCUAAUGAAUUACGUGGUGGCCUUCGAAGACGACACAUCUGCAAGAGAUGUCACUCGUCGCUAUGCAAAGGCAUUUAAUGCAAAGACGCGAAAGCUGCGAGUGGAGUCUACACGCCAUGGAGAGAAAUGGUGGAAUAAGGCGCUGCUAAAUUAUGAGAAACCCUUCCUUGAGGAUCGAGAUGAAGCCGAGAUCAGUGAACUCACUUCUAAAUCAGCAGCGGAACCAAUGCCACGCAAUAUCCAAGACUUCAAAGAUCAUCCCAUCUAUGCUCUGGAACGCCACGUCCGUCGAAAUGAGGUGAUCCACCCGAAAAGAGUCAUUGGACAUGUUGGCUUGGGAAAGACCGCAGCGAGAACCGAGACAACCGAACCCGUCUACCGCCGAUCCGACUUGCAUGUCGUACGAAGCGCUGAUAAAUGGUACCGCCUGGGACGGGAUGUCAAAGUUGGAGAGCAACCUCUCAAGCGUGUCCCUGCAAGCCGCAACAAAGUCGCAAGCUUCAGUGAUGACGAAGACGAAAAUGAACCUGAAGAGACGACAUUAUAUGCCGAGUUUCAAACGGAAGUCUACAAACCACCACCGGUGGUUGAUGGAAGAAUUCCCAAAAAUGUUUACGGAAACCUUGAUGUCUAUGUACCCAGUAUGGUUCCGCCUGGGGGUGUUCACAUCAACCGACCCGAGGCAAUUCGAGCUGCCCGAAUCCUCGGCAUUGACUAUGCAGAUGCAGUCACUGGGUUUGACUUCAGGGGUCGCCGUGGAACUGCUGUAGUAAAGGGCAUUGUCAUUGCAACCGAAUACCAGGAGGCACUUGAAGAGGUUCUGGCAGGCCUUGAAGACCAGAGACAACUUGCUGUGCUCGAAGCAAGAACCGCGGAAGCUCUUCGGUUCUGGCGACUCUUCUUGGUGAAGCUCAGAAUUGCAGAAAGAGUGAAGGGCUAUGCAGCCGAGGGCGAAGAACAAGUUGAUGAAGAUGAUACCGCAGAGGAAGGCGGAGGGGGUUUCUUUCCAGAGUCAGACCAACCCGCGAAUAGCCCGCCUCCAAGAGCUCGAGAAACCCACUUGCUUUCUGAUGGUUAUACAGAGCACGAAAAUGGUUCAUACGCGGUGGGCGAAGAAGAUUUCGGAGGAGGAUUUAUGCCUGAAGAGCCCACCGACAAUGAUUCAAUCUCGGUAACAGCCCCAGCUCCAGAGCCUGCGCCUGCCCCAGAGCCCUUGGCUACGCGCUCGACAUUGAAUCCUCAAGGUAUCGCCAAUAGGAAAAUAUCAAAUGCACCUCGCUACUCGCUGGUGGUCGUCCCCAAUCAUGGUUCAGGCGCAGUAUCCCACGAACGGCGAGAAUCCCCAGAUCCAAGCGCCUCCAAAACCCUCGAGGGGUCCUCCGAGUACGCCCCUAUUGCAGUGGAUUCACCCACCAACGCUGGGUCCAAAUCAGCAAGCGUGGUCACUAUUUCUCGGCCACCAUCUCCAGUUCAGGAGCAAUCAGCGCGGAAUUAUGAUUCUGAGAGUGAGUUAGAGAAGGGUUCUCUGCUGUCUGAGGAUCCUGACGACGAGGAUGCAAUUCCUGACUGGCUCAUGUCUGACGAAGAUUAG